CAGAUAAGUGCAGCCGCAAAAAAAACUUGGUCAGCAACGGUUCAUAACUCUCUGGUCAGUAAAAUAUGGCAAAUGGAGACAAUAGAGAGGAAUUUGAACUCAAAAUGGAUGUUUCAGCCAGGAGUGAUGUCUUACAGACCUGCUCUGGUGAAGAGGGUGAAGAGGGUGAAGUGACUUCAGCGGUGCCUGGAGGAAAACUCUACAGACUGGUUGCUGUGAGCUUUGGAUUCCUGUGCAUCCUACUAGCUGCUCUCAAUAUUUCUCAGCACCUUGGUCUUUCAAAUACUGAGGCCAGAUGUAAAAACCUGACUGAAGAGAUAGACAAUCUGAAGAGGAUCAACUUUGCCAUAACUCAUAAUAUGACACAAGAAAUAGAGGCCACCCGCAAAAACCUGACCAGAGAAAAAGAUGAGCUGAAGAUGAAGCUGACUGAUUUUGUUAACCGUUUACAACAAGGAUGGGUAUAUUUCAGUGGCAGUGUCUAUUAUAUUUCUUCUAUCAAGAAAAACUGGGACAAAAGUAGAAAUGACUGCCUGCAACGAGGUGCAGACCUGAUGAUUAUCAACAGCAAAGAAGAACAGGAUUUCGCAGCACAAAUGAAUGAUAGCAUGUGGAUUGGACUCACUGACAGAGAGACAGAAGGGACGUGGAAAUGGGUUGAUGGGACUCCACUGACAACAAGCUUCUGGGCGAGUGGUGAGCCCAACAGCUAUGCAUCCACGGAAGAAGACUGUGCAGAAUUGAGGUAUCACAGAACUGUAGAGAGCUGGAAUGAUAGAUCAUGUCGCUAUCAAAUCCCCUGGGUCUGUGAAAAGAAAGUGCUUCCAUAACUCAGCCUCCAAACUUAUCAGACGUUUAUGUAAGACUUUUCUUUCCACUUUGGUCUCGCAUCCACAGAAACUCCUGCUCAGAUGCACUAAGUAAAGAAUAAGGGACAACUUUCCUGUCACCUGAUCUCUCACUAUGUCGAUGCAGCCAAUCACGCAAUAUUGUCACUGAUCUGUAUUUAUUCUUUUAAUUUGAUCUAUGAUGAAUGGUGUGGGUUAGGUAAGCAAAUUAUUUCCCCAGUGCAAAAAAUUGCUGAUCAUUUUAGAUAACAGGAAGCAUUUAUCAAGACCAAUCAAGUCUCCAUUUGCUCUUGUACUAUCUAGUGUUACUCCUGUGACCUGACAAAGACAAGAUGUUGGCCAAUUUGCAUGAUUUUGAAGAGAUUUACCUUUUUUUCUUUGUGUGUCAGUGUGGACUUACAGCUUCAGAAAAAGAACCUGAAUAUGCUCAUGUGGACAUGCACAUCAUAGUAAUUGUAAACAGUGUUUUCAGAUUUGUCAUCUUUGGGUGGAUGUUGUGUGGAUGUUAUGACUGUGGUGCAGGAACGUGGCCACAUACUUUCUAACAAAAGGUCACUGCUUUGCUUGGAAAAAAAUGAAUACAAUAAUGAAGAGUAUAACACACGUUUUGAUUGAUUGCUAAGUGAAUGUUUCCUCAUGAGCUGACCUCAUACAAUGACUGAAUUUCAAUCUGUUUACCUUUAUCAUUAUAUCAUUAUAAGUAAGAUUUUACCUCCAUUAAGAUAAAUCCAUUUAACUUUACUUUAUGGAAGAUUGCUUCAAAUAAGGUUUGCUUAAUUAACCAUUAGA